GGUGUAUCCCGCCAGCAUGCCUGGCACCAACGAACAGAUCCGCGAGGAGUUCGUCAACACCAUGCUCCGGUCAAAAUCCAAAGCACAACGCGACUCCAUCAUCGCCACUGGCCUGUUACCAGUCAGCUUCGCCAUAGACAUGCUAGCUGUUCUAGUCUGGCCAUUCGGAGGCCUUCUCGAAAUCGACGCAGUCUGGCUAUACAGCAGCAUCCGUGGCGCCAAAGUCAGUCGCAGCGUAACAAAACGUUUGACUUCAACCUCCACCUCCGGCAAGCAUGACGACGACGGUGACAAAUUAACCUUGAACUUCGUGCCUUCGCCUACCAUUCAAGUCCUCGAACGCUACCUUGCCGCCAAAUGCCAUGAACGCGAUCCAAAGCUUUUCCCAAAAUUCUCGGUGGCGCCUAGUGAAACGGAAGUUCUGGAAGGUAUUGGUUGGUUCCCGGCGCAUAAAGGUGGGGGGGAGAGGAAUUGGGAGGAUGAGCAGUUUGAGAUUAGUGAGGUUAAGGAUGAUGUUAGGAAUACGUUUUCGAAAGGGGCGAGGGAGUGGGGGAAGUGGGUUAGGAUUUUUGAGAAGGAGCCGGAGAAAGCUGUUAAGAAGUAGGGUGUAGGAUCUUGGGGCAAGCUCUAUAUACGGUGACUUUCUUUUCUGUG